AUGUACCUAUUCAACUGCCGAGAGUCAAUAGCGGAAGAUUUUCGGAGACGUGUGUGGCCGCGAAAUCAUUUGUAUAACGACAUUCACGCCUACUCGAUCAGUGAUCUUUACCAACUUCACAGUGGCCUGUUGGAGAAACAGGUCCAAGGCUUCCUCAAGCAUGCCAUCGAUCACGUUAUGCACUGCUCGUUAUGUCGCCAAAAGGGUUUCAUCUGUGAGAUAUGCGAGGCCCGUGAAGUGAUCUAUCCAUUCCAGACGGAGACCACUUAUAGGUGUCCACAUUGUUUCUCGGUUUAUCAUGCGGAAUGUGAACGUAGACUUGACGAUUGCCCGAAAUGCGUGAGACGUGCCAAGUACGAGAUUCAUCAGGAGGCGAAUGAUUUGCCGCUUGGAUGA